AUGGCCUCUCGAGCAGCUGAAGAUGGCAAGUUCUACGUUCAUGCCAGCACGGCCGAGAGCAAGCUGGAACCGAAUCUUAUCAUUGAAAAAGACACCAAUAGUGACAAAUUCGUGGCCGAGUUACCCAACAAAGUCAUAAUUGUCACCCAAAAACCCGACCCCAAUGCUGCAUUUCACGAAGAGGAUGAAUGGGCCAAAUGGCUGAAGAUGCUUGACAAGAAUGGUCAAUUUUCUUUGACUACGAUGGGGGAGAAGAAGGAAAUUGAGCACUUUGAACUGCAAAUCAACAACCCCAUCCCGCUCAAAUUCAGUUCAGCCAAGGAGGCCCUGAUCAAUGCAUUUGGCGAGGAUGAUGCGAAGGGCAUCGAUCCCCCUGGCUACAAUGACCCGCUGCUCUGUGCUGGGUUGGUAAAGCCAGAGGUAGCCACUAAGCAGGUUGAACUGGGUAAAGCAUGGGAGUUCGCCGGGCUGACAAAAGAUAUGCUGCCCGCGCCUUUUCAGUCCUUGCUGGUUGAAAUGGACUGGAGCUUGCCUCAGAAACAUCGAAAUGCCUUGUGGUUUAACCCAGGGUUUGGAUCGCAGAUCAAGGCUCGAUUGGCCAUGCAAUUGGCUGAUCCGAAGACGCUGAACGCACUUUUCUUUUUGGAUAAAGUGAAGAUGGAAAUCACCAAGGCAGAGAUUGUGUGUAAGAAAGUGCUCACACAAGCCGAUACAGGACAGAGAAAGCUGGCCGUUGACGAGGGCGAGGCGCUAUUCGGACUAGAAUGUAAGCUGGGAGACUUGACCCUGACGGGGUGCUUGGAACUCAGCGACGGUGCGAUCCUCUUUACGCUGCAGAACAAUGAUGAAGAUGCUGCAGCUAAGAUUAUCGAGUGGCUGGGUGACGUGAUAUGGAAGGACAAGAACAAGCUUAAAGACAUGGAGAAGGUCUUUCGUGGGGAGCCGUUCAAGUCUAUCAGCUUCCGCCGAUUCCAAUUGAGUCUGGAUACUAGCGAAGACGGAAACCCCAAGGUAGACUUCUUCCGUGUGGAUCUUCAAGCUUCUACACCUGUUGGCCAGUCUCCAGACUCGGUGAAAGAGGGCAAAAAGACGUUGUUUCUUUUGUCAUAUACCUGGAAUAACCUCGGUGUAGCGGAAACCACCAAUCUGGGGACAAUUCGCGGGGAAUUAUGGGAGCCGUCCGAUGAAUCAUCUCUAGCCGACCCAGAAUACGAAGAAUGGACGGAUUUCCAACCUAUUCCCAAAGACACGCCCAUACCAGAGAUGGAAAUUGCAUAUCUCAUUCCAGGCCAAACGAUCGACUCGAUCCCAGACACGGUCCCGAAAAAGAUCUCGAGAGCUUUUAUCAGUUUGUCACUGCAAGAGAUUGCCAUAGGGGCCACUCUCACGGCUAACAAAGUAGAGGCUGGUGCAGUCCCCCAACCGUACUUGGGUGACAUUAAACUAGAUGCCUCGUUCAGUCGUACUGAGGGAAAGAAGGAGUUCAACUUUGAGCUGUAUAUAAUGGCCGGGAUCGAGCCGAGUCAAAGUUCAACACAUUCUGAUCCGGCAUUAUUGACGGGCGAUUUGAUCUAUAAGCGCUCGUCUUAA